AUGGAGCCUGAGAAAAGUGUUUUCUCUCUCUCUUUUUUUUUGCAGAAUGGGAAAGUGUUUAUGUUCACUGGGAUGUUGGGAGCCGUGGCAGAUCUGGACCAGCUCAUGAUUGUUCUUGGACAUGAAAUGGCUCAUGCUAUCCUGGACCAUUCGGCAGAACAGGCCAGCCUGUCUCACGUUGUGGACCUCCUGUCUCUUAUUGUGGUGACAGCCAUCUGGGCGCUGUGUCCUGGGGACAGCUUGGCACUGGUGGGAGGGUGGGCAAAGGACAAGCUCACGGAGCUGAUGUUCAACCAUCCCUACAGUCGAAAACUGGAAGCUGAGGCAGAUCAGGUUGGAUUGCAUUUAGCUGCUAAGGCCUGUGCAGAUGUGCGAGCAGGCCCCGUGUUCUGGCAGCAGCUGGAAAUUGUAGACAAGCUUACAGGGAAUCCCACGGUACCCGAGUGGCUGUCGACACACCCCUCACACAGGAACAGGUCUGGUCAGAUGGACCGCCUCAUCCCACAGGCUCUGGAGCUGAGGGAAACUUGUUCAUGCCCCGCGCUCUCUCCUGUUGACCCUCGAGCUGUCUUCUCAAAGACCGUCAGCGAGUUGCUGGCCAAAGCUAAAGAGCAGGGGGUCGGAGGGCUAGAGGGGACACGCGAGCCACAACCCGUCUCCGCCUCCGUAGGACUGCCGGUUUCUCAAACGGCGCUCGCUUCUCCCUCACAAGUGGCUCGGUUUAACAAAGACAGGGUCCCUGCUGUCACGUCUCCUCUCCCCACCGCUGCAGGGGAAAGAUCCCAGCAUGUGCUGCAGAACAUCAACCAGCAGGGGAGUUAAAACCCAAACAAACCUUCAACAAACUUCACUCACUCUAUUGACAAACUUGCUACAGUUUGAAGAGGCAGGAUUUUGUAUUUUCCAGACACAGAGUGUCAUUUUAGAGCACAAUCAAGUAACUACGUUAGCUUCAGUCGUUAUGAAAACGCUGCAUAAAUCAAAGGUGACUUGAAAGAAACUUGACUUUGCGAUUUAACGCCUUGAAAUUGAGCCUCUGUCUCUUUAACAAGCUCCUGCUUUUUACCGAGACUCCGCCUUCAACACGUCAUCCCGAAAACGUCUCUCCUUUAAAAACGUUUUUAACCAGCUUUUCACUGAGAAGUUCUUCAUGUGCUGAGCUCAGCAGAUGCAAUGUUCCACCAGGUGUUUGCUAAUUGCUGCUGCCGCUAGUCUGAAGGAGAUAGCUAGCAUUUUGAAACUCUGACUGGUUGCCACAGGAGAUUCAAGGAUUUCUCAAACAUGCAUGAAAGAAUCAAAGCAACACUCCUGGUGUGUCUUUGAC